AUGACCGAUGGAGAGCUCCAGGAGCUCGUACAAAGACAGAAAAAAGUGUUGGGAAAUUCAAAGAUCGUUGAUAAACUUCGCGACCACGGCCAGAAACUGAGGCAGAAACUCGUCGCUGCGGAAGAGGAGAUGUCGAGGCGAGCCGCGGCCGUCGCAGAGAUUGCAGAUGAAUUGGAACGAAUGUCCAUGGCGGUGGAGGAUUCUCCGGGCGGGGAGCAUGAUGAGUCCAGCUCUCUGAGCAGUGACGAGCAUAGUUUCCCCAAGUUCUGUGCCAAAUUGGAAAAGCUAGAGCAACAUCGGAACGUAAAGACCAAAUUCAAGCCCUUCAGCACGACGAAGGAGCCGAUACGUCCAACGGCGAUGAAAUCCGAUGUGACAGCGACCUGGAAAUCCUAUCCAAAUCUCCAACCUGGACCUCCACGGAAAGAAAUUCCCGCUCUCUCGUUGCACGAUUCGCUGAAGAUCGCUGCGCUACAGCAGACUCUGUCGAAGAACUUUUACAGAGAAGAUGCUUCGCAGUUCAGUCAGGAUCCUGUCAGCGGAGCCUUUCUCAGUGAGACGUUCCCAUCGACAGACGUAUUUUCAAAGCACAGAGAUAAUCACGAAGAUUCAGACAACGAAGAUGACGCUCCUCCCAUAGAGCAUGGGAAGCCGAUUGUCGGAGGCCUAGAAGACUUAGAUUGAUCUUUGUUUAGCAACAGCCAGCGGGAGACUGAGGAAACGCACACUUGACAUAUUUUGUACAUUCUAAGUUCAGCCUCGUCGACCGGCAGAGAAGCAGGUACGCUACCGGCGAUGAAUAAAUGAAAGGAGA